GCACAUUCCAAUUCGUUCACGUUUCUGCCUUAGGGCUCACUGUCGUAAACUCAGGAUGCUCUUGAGCGGUUCCCGGAGAAUAUCUUGUGUUUUCAGUGAACUCACGAGGAGAGCGAGCGCGUUUUCCGGUUCCCAGACCCUGACGCAUGUUAAUAGCGCCGGGGAAGCGAACCAAGUCGACAUUUCUGCAAAAGGAGUCACGCUCCGCAGAGCAGAAGCGUCCUGCAGGGUUCAUCUCCCGCCGAACGUAUUCGACCUCGUCAAAGAGAAUCGACUUCAGAAAGGCGACGUUUUCUCCGCGAUUCGGCUCGCUGGAAUUCAAGCAUCGAAGCUUACCCCGCAUCUCAUACCCCUUUGUCACCAGAUAUCUCUUGAGAAGACUGAGAUUGAAGUCUCGUUGGAUGCAGAGAAGUCUUGCGUCCUCAUAAGCUCGACUGCGGUUUGUAGUGGGAAAACAGGUGUUGAGAUGGAGGCAUUGACUGCGUGCUCGGUUGCCGCUUUGUGUUUAUACGACAUGUGUAAAGCAAUAUCCCAAGAAAUCGAGAUACAGGAUCUUAAACUGAAUAUGAAGAGCGGGGGUCGAACUAACUUCGACCGUGGAGCAUCGAGCAUGUAG